AUGACCGCGGCGACGGACGCGGCCCUCGACUUCAUCGGCGUGCUCGACAUCUUCGGCUUCGAGGCGUUCGCGCGCAACGACCUCGAGCAGCUGCUCAUCAACUUUGCGAACGAGUCGCUGCAGGCGACGUUCAACAAGGCCGUGCUCGUCGCCGAGCGGGACGUCUACGCCUUCGAGGGCAUCGUCGUCGAGGAGACCGUCGCCGCGCCCGACGACACGGAGGCCUGCGUCGAGCUCAUCGCCGCGCGGAGGCCCCCGAGCGUCUUCUCGAUCCUCGACGACGCGUCGAAGCAGAGCCGGAGCGACGGCGCCUUCUGCCGCGACCUGCACGAGGCUUUGGCGGGCAAGACCUGCUUCGCGGCGCCCCACAAGAAGGACGUCAAGGACACGUUCGUCGUCGCGCACUACGCCGGGGCCGUGGCCUACACGACGGGCCGCUUCGUGUCGAAGAACUCGAACAAGGUCCCCGAGGGUCUGGGGGAGUUGCUGGAGGCGUCCGCGGCGUUCCGGGGCUUGGCGGCCUACGGCCGCGCGCCGGACCGCGCGGGCGACGACUCGCUGUCGCGGAAUUUUGCGACGCAGAUGCGCGAGCUCUGCGGUCUCCUCGACAGCACGACGUGCAGCUUCGUCCGUUGUUUAAAACCGAACCACAAGAUGGCCGUCGGCGUCUUCGACCGCGCGUGCGUCGCGUCGCAGCUCCGGGCCCAGGGCAUCCCCCAGACCUGCGACGUG